AUGUCACGGUAUCGUCCGGGAGCAAAACAUCUGGCUUGUGAUGCUGAUGUCAUUUUAAGCUGCCACGCAUCAGGGUUCAUCCAGUCUGUGCGCUUCCCGUUCUUGUUUGAGCGGUUCCAUUCAGGUUCGGCUUCAUUACUGCAGGUGCAUCAAUGGCGCUGCAGAGGCUGUUUCAUUAUGCCGCGCAUGCAUCCCAGCCCCUGGAUUCCUUAACAAUGAGUCACCAACAGUCGCCAGGUCGUAUUUUUUCAUCUGUUUUGUGCUCGUCCAAUAUCCGCAAUACCACUGGACCUUAAAGCAAUAAACCCAACGCUCCAUUUGCCGCCUCAAGCUACAGAGGGGAAUAUUGAAUUAUUAUGUGAGGAGAGCGCUUAAGGAGGGAGUUUAGUUCCAGCGCUGCAGACGUAGCGCUGAGCUUCAGGUGUGUCAAACAGGCCAUUCUUUGUUUUCAUUCAUUCAAUAUGCACAAAUGCUGCGUAAUAACAGUAAUAACAGCUUGACCUACAAGCGGUUGUGUAGCGUCCUGGGCUCCGUUUCCUUUUCUAUGACAAAGCGGUUUUGACAGAAGGGAAGCUGACAUGUUGGGCAGCGGCGCCGUACAGCAUGUUCUCUGUGGAGCAGGACUGAGGCCCGGUGCAGGGCUCCCGGGGCGUCCGCGUCAGGCCACGGAGUCCGUAUGCAGCAGCGCGUCCGUCAGAGUCCUGGACAGAGCAGAGGAUCAGAGAACGGAGGCCAGUUUUCUGAGCAUCCACGCCUCAAUGCGGCGAGGUUCUUCGGAGAACAACCUGGACCUGGACCUGGGCGACGGGAUCCACGGCCCCGGCCUCGGCUUCGAGGUCCAGCGGAGCCGCUCCUGCCUGGACAACCUCCAGCAGAAGAUCCUGAAGGUCACGGAGCAGCUGAAGAUCGAGCAGACGGCGCGGGAUGAGAACGUGGCGGAAUACCUGAAGCUGGUGAACAGCGCCGACAAGCAGCAGGUGGGGCGCAUCAAGCAGGUGUUCGAGAAGAAGAACCAGAAAUCAGCACAAAACAUUGCUCAGAUGCAGAAGAAGCUGGAACAGUACCAUCGGAAGAUGAAGGACAGCGAAGUCCAGCACAGCCCCACGCGGCGCACGUCCAGCGUCAAACACAGCACCAUUCCCAGGGAGUCGCCCCGGGAGCUGCUGAGGGACAUGACCGGCAGUGGCCGGCACCCGACCAUGGACAAGAUCAAGACCAUUGGACCCGGUGUUUCCCUCUCCCCUCCUUUCUUCUUCAGCAAGCCCAGGGAGUUCGCCAACCUCAUCAGGAACAAAUUUGGCAGCGCUGACAACAUCGCUCACCUCAAAACCACCCUGGACACUUCGUCGCCGUUGCCCAGUGACGGCGGCGGAAAGGGCCUGAGUAACAGCACCUCUAUGGUGGCGAAGCACAAGUAUCCCAGCGACGACGAGUGCUCCUCAGAGAGCGCCUCCAUCUCGGCAGACAGUAACGGGAACCCAGCGGGCGGAGGGGCCUCGGCAGGGCCGGCCGACGGCCAGGGGCCGGCGGCGGGGGGGGAGGGCCCCGGCAGACUGGCCCUGACCCUGGAGGAGGUGAAGGAGAUCAAGGAGGCCCAGAGUCAGCUGGAAGAGGACAUCGAGGAGCUGAAGGCUCAGUUCAAGCGAGAGUGUGGCAUCAUCAGCCAAACGCUGCAGGAAGAGCGAUACAGGUUCGAGCGUUUGGAAGACCAGCUGAACGACCUGACCGAACUCCACCAAAAUGAGAUGGCGAAUCUGAAGCAGGAGCUGGUCAGCAUCGAAGAGAGGGUGGCGUACCAGGCCCAGGAACGGGCCAGGGACAUACAGGAAGCCCUCGAGUCGUGCCAGACACGCGUGUCCAAGCUGGAGCUCCAGCAGCAGCAGCAGCAGCAGACGGUCCAGCUGGAGAGCCGCGACGCCCGCGUGCUGCUGGGGAAGAGCAUCAACAUCAUGCUGGCCAUCAUCACCGUCAUCCUGGUGUGCGUCUCCACCGCUGCCAAGUUCGCGGCCCCGCUGAUGAGGAGCAGGUACCACGUGGUCGCUACCCUGCUCGGGCUUUGCUUCCUGACCGUGUUCUGGAAGAACUGGGACCGCUUCCAGUACGCGGUGGACAGACUGCUGGUGCUCGCCUGAGUGAGCAUAGUGGACGAUGCUGGUCAGAAUGGGACUGUCUGAGAGGAUUGGUUGUACAAUCGUCACAUGACACCAACACCACGCUUUGACAGAAGUCACUUUUUUUAGACUGGAAUGAAUUUUAGAUUUUUUUUCUUGUCUAGACUUGAAUGUGUGUCCCUAAAAAUUUGCAAUAACCCUAUAAAUAAUAUUUAUAUAACAGUCCAUUUUGAUACUUGACCACUGAUUGCUAUGAAUUUAUCACAAAGCCUAAUACUUAGGUUAAGUAUUAAACAUUUUCAUUAGAAUGCAACAACUCUGAAUCACUCUUUCCAACAGUUCUUGGAGAAAAAUCCACAGACAACGUGACAUUAGGCAAAUGAUGAUUAUUUCUUAUUGUCCUUCUGUUAAAGUUUAAUGUCUCUCAAACUUGCACACACAAACAAAACCUCAAGGCUGGUGUCUUGUUGGUCAUAUCUGUGAAAUGAUAGAUGUUUUUUUUCUGUCUAAUAGACGAGCAGUAUGAGAACACUCCAGCCAGCAGCUGUCUAGUUCGUCUUAUCACGAAAGAUUAGGUGGAUUCUGUUACUGGCCUUUUCCUCCUGUUUACAGUUACAUUCAACAGGUUGAUGGUGAUGUAAAUGUUCUAAUCUGAAGAUGAAAACGCACCUUUCUCCAUUUUUUUUUUUCUUUUUCUGAAGCACAAAGGCAACACGUGCUGUUUGGUCACAUUGAUUUUAGUUUUAUUCCUUAUUGCUUCGUCUGUGUCAUCUCAAAGUUGUUAAGUGUACUGUGUCUAACAUUUAAAGUGCAAUAUUUGAUUUCUGAAUGCACUGUUUUUGUACAUGUUUUAUGUAGGAGUGAUGGUUUUACGCCGUCCUUUCAAAGUUCGAGGGGCUGUGAGCUCGGGGAGGGGGGGGGGGGGGGCUGUCAUUAGCUUUGGUGUGAGAUAUAGAAGGCGCUGCUUGGCUCUGAUAAGACCAGCUCACUCCUCUCAAGGGUCAAAAAUCAAUCCAGCUGCAUUACUGCGCCGGCCGCGUGCUAAUAUCAACACGCGCCAGACGACUCAGACCCAGGCGCUCGGCUGUGUGUUUUUAUGCGUCUUAUGGGUUCUACCCACUUGGAUGUUUGUCUUAAUAAUGAGUUAUACUGUGACAAAAGGCCUUUUUCUGAGGAAAAAAGCAUUUCCCUAAUUUUGAAGAAGCAACAAACCCUCGGUGAGGAGCACAACUAUGGUCCAUGAACCCGUUCUGAGACUCGUGUUGCAGUCAUAUUUGCCUAUGAGGAUCUGACUGUACAUGACAUGUGGACUGUUUUUAAUGUUUGUCCAUAAUAACAUGUUUAUCUUUAUGAUUGUUUUCAUCUCUGUUCUAGUCACUUUAUCGUAGUGUUUAGUUCCUGUUUUGCUUUUAGGAAGUUGUACCUGCCAAACUACAGACUUGGUUUACACUCUUUCUUCGUCUCUGGUGCAUCCUGCAAUCAAUCAAUUGUAUGUUUAUGCAUCACAUGCCUUUGAUUUUUUUUUAAUUUCUGUUAAAUUAAAUCUUUUUAAUCUUUGA